AUGCUUUCACUCAGAAGACGGCCUAAAAAUUCGCUACUUGGUGUUCAUGUGUGUGCACCGUGGAAGGAUGGCUACUUCUACAGUGGUGUUAUUGAAGCAGUGAAGAGCAAGCCAACCGGCGAACACACUUAUACUAUUUUAUUUGAGGACGACUAUAUAGCCGAGGUAGAUGAAGGAGAAAUUGUUGGGCCAGGAUUUAAUCGUGUCGGUGUUAGAGCGGUAAAGGACGGACAGCGAGUUUUUAUCUCGUUCAAAGGCCGCGAGGUUGAAGCGCGUGUCGUGAAGACCCGCUUAGAAUUCAACGAAGUCUUGGUUCAAAUCCUGGACCGGCCAGAUACGGUCGUGGCCGUAAGACCAGAAGAAAUGCAUCUCAUGAAAGGGGAGCAGUUUUCUGAAUCAAUUCAUAGGAUUAGAACUCUGGAUAAUUCCAGUUCGAAUAUAUCAUGCCCCGUGCCAUGCAAAAUGAAAGCACAUGGAAUAGAUUCAUGCAAGUGAGUUUUGCGUUAGAAUGAGCACAUACAAACUCUAACUAAUCUGUGUCUUCUUUCAUCUACUGUUUUCUCGUCUUUGUUGAAGCUUUGCAGUUAAUAGGAAAGAGUCUUAUUUCGUAUUUUAAGACCCUUAGACCCCUGCAUUUAUAUUCUUUUGUUCAGCUUUUUAGUUUUGUGGCACAGAGACAUGCGUGCACUGAAUUCCAAAGCUACUUUUUUUCAGGGGUUGCACAAAGAGACAAGAAAAUGUAACGAGGAGCGAAGAAAUGGCAGCUCUAGUUCUUACAGCUCUAUCGAUAUCCCCGGUUUUCAAGGAUAUGGAUCAAAGUAGGUUCUUUGUUCAGAAAUUUAUUCUUUUCAUUGUAGUUUUGCUUGUCCUAGCUUAAAUCCGCACGUUCUUAUUUACAAUUUAUUUGCCAUAACACUUUGAGGUGUUUUACGAACUUCGCCCUUCCGUCUAGAAAUUAUGCUGUGAUAGCACUAAUUUUUGCUGCCGUUCGCAUUUAAUUUAUGAUUUUAACAGAAUUUUUUUUUUUUUUUUCAGCGGCGGAGGCAAAUUUUGGAUUUCCUUUAACACCAGACUCAGGGUCUGAUAUGGCACACUUCCCCAGCCCUGCAAACUCACCGGCACGUUCGAGCUCUCCAUCUCAUUCGCACGAUUUCUUCGACGGACCUCCUUCGCCAGUCGACGAAGGAAUCGGAUUUGAAUUUCAGCGACUAGAGAAUACACGAAAGAGAAAGGUAAGCGUUCGUUUUGUGAAACUCGACAUAAUACCGUACAAAUCAAGUUGGGGGUAAUGUUGUUUACUCCGAUGACCUCUGGCUUCUCACUCUUUUACCUGUAUAGUAUUCGGUCGAGGAUAAUAAACCAACACCCUAAACCUACCUUACUUGGUUUUGCAGCUGUGAAAAUGUCUGGGAGAGGGUUGAUCUGUUUUUUGUUCUCUUAACAACUUCACACCUUUAAAUAAAGUCCUCUCACGACAUCUCUCGUGCUUUGCUGUUUGUUUGCGGUUUGUUCCGGUUACCGGUUGAGUUACUUUCUCUCCGAGAUUUUAGUUUCUUCGUCCUUAAGAAGCCUAUACACUGUUAGUAGCCAUACAAUGAGGUAAUCAUGUCUUAAUUUAUGUGUUUUCAGAAUUCUACCUCAUCGAACCCAAAUCUCAAGACUUUGUACAAAUGUACAUGGCCCGGCUGUGGGAAAACCCUCUCAACGGCUCCUGGAAUAAUUCGUCAUGUCAGAACAAUUCAUCUCGGGUAAGUGCACGUUUUUAGGUGCUUAGAGUUUUACCGUCGCUUCUCUUUCGGUUGCACCGUUGGAUCUUUUAGUUAGAGUCUCCAAGUGUGUUUGUUAUUUUUGGUCGCUUUUUGAGCGAUCGCCGCUAAUAUUUGCAACUACAAGCAUUUUAUGCUUUUUAUAUCCCAUGACUUAUGGCGCGACCGACUUUUUCAAACGAUGAAGUCUUAUAAUUUUCUUUCAAGGUUUUGAACGUUGUGAAAAGGUUUAUUAGUUGGCUAUAUUUCGAGUUUUGUUUUAAGCGAGAAGGGAUGUAAGUGAGAGUGUAGGAAGUGAAGUGUAUUUGCGCUGAUGCUCAAGUUUCCCGGGGCUGACCUCGUAACUACUUGAUCGAAAAAGUGAAACAGCCAUGAUGAAUUUGUUCCUUUUUUGCGUUGCAGGCCCAAAAGUUCAGUCGAAGAUGGGUACAGUGAUGGAGAGGAAGACUUCUAUUUUAAUGAAAUCGACUUAGACGAAGACGACGAUGUUUUUCCAGCUCCGCUCGCUCUUUCUCCAACCCCGACGCAGUCGCAUUUCGACAUGGUGAAAAGUCCCUGGUCGGAGCCUGGUGUAAUCACUUCUCCAACUUACGGCUCUCUUCAGCACCCACGAUUCAACUGGGAUGUUCAAGCGCUCAGCCGGCUCCCGCCCACGCCGCCGGCUUCGAAAGUGAGCGGGAAAACUAGCCCUCCCGCAAGAAUCCAAACACAUGCCAGUCACCACGUUGUUCGAAAAGUCCGAGGCGAAAGCAAGAAGUGUCGUAAAGUUUACGGGAUGGAAAACAGGCACCUUUGGUGCACGCAGUGCCGUUGGAAAAAAGCUUGCGUGCGAUUUGCAGAUUGAACUGUUCGACCGGCGAACGAAAUUAGCAAUAUCUCGUUCACUCACCUAGCAAAUAUUAUAUUUAUAUCCAUGAUAGCAUGUUCGUAUUAAACACCGAAUAUAAACAUUUAUAGUCGUAAAGUAAAAUCAAGGACUUGUACAUAGGUUAAAUAUUUUAUGAAAUCGUUCUAUUUUUUAUAUAUCGCAGUCUUGCAACAAGAGAAUCUGCGAAAAAGGAAUAUUUCGUUCGUACAGAAGCGAUGAUCGCUGAGAGGUCUGUCAGACGGAAAAUGUUAUUGAUAUGAAAUGUAAAUGUACUUUGCGACUAGCUAAGCUUUCGGACGCGUAUUUGUUACAACAUCUCCAAGAUAGUAUUAUAAAUUUUUUGGCAUAUAUCAUUGAAUGCUAUCGAAACUGGUAAGGAAUUAAUAAAGACAAAAAUAUUUGAAAGUUAACGUAUCUCCAAUAAAAAUUUACAUGUGGGUUUAUGACUCGAGUAAUUAUUCAAUAAACAUGUGCCAUUAUUCACACGAGGAAAAGUCACACCACCUAAGGAAUGAUUGAACAUUGUACCCAUCUGACUAAAAUUUUAAAGUCGGCGAAGCUUGUUUGAGCGGAAAUACGGCGAAAUUUGCCUGGGCAGUUGUGGUUAAGGCGCGCGUUUCGCGUUAAAGAUGCCCCACUGUUCAGCGGGAUGCACGUGCCAUAAUGAAGUUUCAACCUUAAAGGCUUUUUCCAUUCAUGACAAAAGCACGUCAC